GACCAGUGCCAAACGGAUAGUGAUUCUGUUAACAAGUUUUUAAUCUCCUAUUUUUUAAUGUCGAUCAGAAGAUGAAAAAUUUCACUUUACACAACAACAACAGUAGUAGAUGGUAAAAUUUUUUUUUGAAAUGGCACGAUCGUGUAUUGUGCGGGAUCAUCAUCGAUGUGUCGAGGCGCGAAAGGAUAACAAUAAUUCAUCAAUGAAUGUACUUGAGAAUAGAGAGCCAACAGUGAUAAAGUGUGAUGAUGCGAUUAUUAUUGAGAGACUCGUUUGUAAUUAUGAAACGAUGAUGACAACAACGACGACAACAACAAUGGAGGAUAUAAUGAAUCGUGAUCAAAGGACUACUAUGCACAGGGUCUAUGAUCGUUGUCCUACAACUGUUGAUACAGAUAAAGUGUUAGAAUUAACGGUUGGAGUGCAGGGUGGUAAAACAACGACAAUGGCAACAAGAUGCAGGCCCGAUAUUACUAGAGUCAAUUUUCAUCAAGUGCCAAAUAAUAAAAAUUUUCAUAAUAAUCAUAAUACAAGAACUUGGAAUAAUGACUUGAGAAGGUAUUCGAAAAUUUCAAAUAGUUGUGAUGAUUCGUUUCUCGUGACACGUUCUAGAUACAAUCGUAGGAUAACAUCGACAAGAUUCAAUAGCACUGUUUUUCCAUUGCUGAUUCUGUUUGUUGUAGGGCUAGCCAGCCUACUAUUUGCCUUCCUCGUCAUAUCGGUGAACGGCGCUCCAAUGAGCCUUGGGGAAAAGAGGAUGACUUCACAGGAAAAGUGGCGGUCACCUUGUGGUGAAGCUGGUCAAGCGUCCGUCGACUAUGAGGGCGAUCAGGACGUCGAACAAAUAAGUGACAAACAACUUAUGGUUCAAAUUUCCAUGCAAGCAAGAACUGCCCUGCUGCAUGCCGAACUCUUUUUAGGAACUUAUGUAAAACUUACGUUCAACAGCGAUCUAGAGACAAUGCAAUCGGAAUGGAAAAAGAGUCGCUACGAUUGGCUACCGUCUUUUAAUGAAAUUCCAAAACACUUUAAAGAAGUGAUGGAACAAAAGUACCUGGAUCAAUUCGACGUUCGUCUGCUUGACACUAUUUUGUUAAAUAUAUACGAGUACAUGCAGAAAUUUGCAGUUGGUCUAGAGCAAAUUGUCUGGGAUCAGGAAUAUUAUAACGGGAGAUUCCAAGAGGAGUUCAAACAGACCGAGUUAAAUCUCGGAGCGGUUCUGUGCAUGUUGCAAACGGCGCUCGUCGAGAGAGCAGUCACAUUCAAGCAGGACGUAUCGCCAACAAUAAUGAAUCAUGAAUAUCGAAAUAUGAAAGCCGAGACGUAUAGAAAUUUACGUGAUUUUCUCAUAUUCCGAGAUUAUGUCAAUGGACUUGAGUUCAUUCUGCAGGUGUUUGAUCAUUUGCAAUCAAAAUUGACAUCCUGAGGUCAACAAGGCGGAAGCUGGCGCAGGGUAUCGAGGCGACGACUCAUCACAUUCAGAAAACCCGGAUAACAAAUGAAAAAAAAAAAAGAAAUGUGAAGAGAAUUUUCCUCUCGUGAAUAGGCGCGCAUUUUUCGAAGAACAAUUUUUCCCAGGGACACUUGCAAUACGUAUUUCAUAAAAAAAAAAAAUUCCCCCCUUCCCCCACAACACCCCCUUGAUUAACAAUAAAAAAAAAAGGAAAAGUUUUAUUUCUUCUUAAAAAUAAAACUUUUUUUAGUCAAAUUGAAUAUAUUUUGGAGAAAUUUAAAAAAAUUGAACGCAAUCAACAAAAAAAAAAAAAAAAAACAAAUUUUCCCAUUUGAGUUACAAUCAAGAUGAAUCAUGAUGAAUCACUUUUUUGAAAUAAAAUUGUGCACUUCACUCAUUGACUCUAUCUUGUCAUUGAUAACGAAUAAAAGAGAAAAUUUUUUUUGAAAUAGAAAAAUUUGUCUCGAUUGUGUUCAAUUAUAUUUUUGGUACUUUUUGGCAAUUUGAAUCAAAAAAUAAAUUUUUCCAUUUUAUUUUUCAAUUAUUAUGUAUAUUUAUUAACGUAGUGGAUUUUGACCGAGGAAUGACGUGGCUUCGAGUCAAGAUAUGGAUUCUUCAUUUUAUUAUAAAAAUUGUAAAUGAAGAUGAAAAGAAGACGAGGGAGACAAAGAGCAAGAGGAAAAAAAAAAGAAAAAAAAAGAGUCGCCCGAAACCAGCCCGCCGGCUUUCGCCGCCGUCGCCAAGUCAUUUCAAUGUAGCUGACAUCUUCGCACACCUGUAUACUUCCCCCCCCUUUCCCCCACCCCCCAAACACACGCACAAAAAUAAAACAAGCACGUGUGCAUGUAUCGGCACCUUAUUGUGAAUAUAAAAAAGGAAAAACGGAAUAGCUCGAAUUAAUACACGGUUCUUACUGCUCGUUCAUCAAAAUUUUCUUUAAAAAAAAUCAAUUUUUUCAAAUUUUCUUUUUUUUAAAAAAAGCUCUUAAUUUAGAAAAAAAAAUUCAAUUUUCAAAAAAGAUAUUUUAAUAAAUUAGUU